AUGCUGUUCGACAAGACUCUGAAGACAGCCAUACUAGAGUAUGAGACACUGCAGAAAAUGGAAGAUGCUUUGAAGUUAUUGAACCCUAUGUGUGACAAUAUAAUGUCAGCAGAAGCAGACAGUACCAUUUUGUUGGAGCUGAGCCCGCAGCCGCCCGAGGCGGCAGAGCGCAGGCGCAGCGCCGGCGACAGCGACCGCGCCGACGUGCACGUGUGCGUGGCGCCGGCCGGCGACUGCCCGGGCGCGGAGGCUUGCAGGCGCACGGCCGCGGGCCAGCUGGUGGCGGCGGUGCUGCCGCAGCGCGCACAGCGGCUCGGCCGCGUCGCCGUCGAGCGCUGCCGCGGCGUGCACCUGGGCCACGUCACCUACGUGCUGGGGCCCGUCAACUUCACCAGGGUCCUGCAGAAGAACACCAUCUCCCAGCAGAUCAUCGUCACGUCCGACGACGCUCCCGGUGGGCAGGAGGGCGAGCCGGAAGUGCAGGUGGUUCGCCGCCUGGAGUGGUUGGCGCAGCCGCCCCUCCACACGCUGACUCCACUGCAGAGGCCGGUCAGCACCGUAGUCAUCAGUCACACGGCGACGGACAGUUCAACUUCGAUGGGCAAGAACACGAUGAUCGUGCGGCGGCUGCAGACGUUCCACAUCGAGGGCCGCAUGUGGCCGGACAUCGGCUACAACUUCAUGGUGGGCAUGGACGGGCAGGUGUACGAGGGCCGCGGCUGGGCGUCGGCGCCCGAGGCGGUGGGCAGCGGGAUGGCGCAGGGCUGCCUCAGCGUCGCCUUCGUGGGUUCCUUCUCGACGCGGCUGCCCAGCGCAGACGCGCUGGCGGCGCUCCACCGGCUGCUGCGUCUGGGCGAGCGCGAAGGCCACCUGGCCGCCGACUACCGCCUCAUCGCCGAGAACCAGCUGGACCCCGACACCGAGAGCCCGGGCCGCGCGCUCGCCGGCCUCAUGCAGGGCUGGCCGCGCUGGGCGCCGCAGCUGUGACGUCGUCUGGAGAGGCCGACUAGUGUCUGGUCGGCCGAGAACCAGCUGGGCCCGGAACACCGAGAGUCGGGGUCAUGAGCUCGCCGGCCUCAUGUUGGGUUGUCCGUGCUGGGUGCCACAGCUGUGACAGCUCAAACACUGUCUCACACCUGGGGGCUGCUUAUUGUGUGAUCGUGGUGAGCCUGCUGGAUCUGAAGACUGGGCCAUGUGCCCUUUGGACUCAUGUGUGGAUGGACGCUCUGUGUGCCAUAGCUGUGGCGUCAUACGAUGUGGAACACCAUGUGACACCCAGCUGUGGACUGCCAUGUGCUCACCGAGCUGGGCCUGGGUACUAAACAGCCCUAGCAUGUACAUGAUAGCCUCGUUCACAGCUGGAAGUGCCUGACUCCAAACGUUAGGUGGUGUCACACUCUGCAGAACUCCCAAUGGUGGACAACCUUGUGAUUGAUGACAGUCUCGGACAGUGCGGGCUCUGCCAGUACACUCAUUGGCCUCAUAUACAGCUGGGUGUCACGGCUGGAAUGUCUCAUUAAGCCACAUGCUCAGAAACCUGAAGCUUUUAGUCGCUGUAAAUUGAUCUCUGACAGCUACAGCGGGCUGGACGUGGCCGCUUCGCAUGCCUCAACCAAUAGCGUAAUGCGAUUGUGUGAACGUCUCUGUUGCAUCAGCUCAGUGUCGUCAUAGCUCUGUAGACGGCCAUUGUUUUCGCCUGGAACCAUUAGCACUUCACAACUGAAAGCUGACGACAGUACUGAGAGCUGUCAGGGAUCCUCUUUCGCAGUCUCGACUGUAGCUAUGUGUGGAAUUAGAAUUAUAUUAAUACCGUCAGCUGCUCACGGUCGUUGAUAUAUAUCAACGGGGACAGGUGAAAAUGUGUGCACCAACUGGGAUUCGAACGCGACAUCUCCUGCUUACAUGGGAGACGCUCUAUCCAUCUGAGCCACCGAGGGCACAGAGGAUAGUGCGACUGCAGGGACUACCCGCGCACACCUCCCGCGACACUCACAUUCUCACCUUUA